AUGUCUUUCGCUGGGAAAUAUGAGCUUGAGAGUCAAGAAAACUACGAAGACUUCCUCAAAGCAAUUGGCCUUCUUAGUGCUAAGACUGACAGCAAAGUACAGACGGAAGUGCUUCAGGAUGGGGAUGACUUCACAUGGACACAAAAGGUCUCCGACUUGACUUGGUUUAAUAAAUUCACCGCUGGGCAGGAAUGUGAGCUGGUGACCAUGAAUGGCUCCAAAUUUAGGGCACCAGUCAGCAUGGAAGGUGGGAAGAUUUCAGUGCAAUUUCCACAAUACCUCUUCACAGCUGAGAUGGUGAAUGAUAAAUUGGUGAUGAAAUGCAUCACUCCUGGAGAGAAGGGUGUGACUUUUACAAGAGUUAGCAAGAGGAUCUAA